AUGCCUGCGUGGGGGGCCCUGUUCCUGCUCUGGGCUGCAGCAGAGGCCACCAAGGACUGCCCCACACCGUGCACCUGCCAGGCCCUGGAGACCAUGGGGCUGUGGGUGGACUGCAGUGGCCAGGGGCUCACAGCCCUGCCUGCCCUGCCAGCCCGCACCCGCCACCUGCUGCUGGCCAACAACAGCCUGCGCUCCGUGCCACCGGGUGCCUUCGACCACCUGCACCAGCUGGAGAACCUGGACGUGAUGCAGAACCCCUGGCACUGUGACUGCGGCCUGACCUACCUGCGCCUCUGGCUGGAGGACCACACUCCCCAGGCCCUGCUGCAGAUCUACUGUGCCAGUCCAAGCCUGGCCACCCUCCGCCCCCUGGGCCAGCUGACGGGUUACCAGCUGGGCGGUUGCGGCUGGCAGCUCCAGGAGCCCUGGGCAUCCUCAGAGGUCUGGUGGGAUGUAGUGCUGGUGGCCGUGGCCGUGCUGGGCCUGGCUCUCCUGGCUGGCCUGCUAUGUACCACCACAGAGCCCCUGGACUGA